UUCAACCCCUGUAGUCAGCAUAAACCAGCCUCAGAGUCACAGGACCGUGCCCAACGCACCCUGCUGCUGCUGCCGCUGCUGCUGCGAAGCUCUCAGAAGCCGCACAGAGCCGGAGAGACAGAAGAGGAGGAGGAGAGAGAGAGAGAGAGAGAGAAGGACGGAGGGAGGAGAAAGAGUGAGAAAGUGAGAGAGUCAGAGCAGAGGCUGCCUGCCUCAGGAGCACUGCAGCAGCACUAAAUCUGAAACUGUCACGAAAGCCCAGGGAGCAGAGAGAGAGAGAGGGAGAGAGAGAGAGAGAGAGAGAGCGAGAAAGAGACAGAGAGAGAAGACUCUAAUCCACACACACUUCACAGGGAGCGAACAAGCAAGCGUGUUAGACUGGCAGCGGGGGAGCCACAGUGAUGGGGACCCGACAAGACCACUCGUCUUCAGAUAAAACUUGAAAAGGGAAAAAAGGAAAAGUGCAUCCUCAGGAAAAGAGAAAGAGAGAGAGUGUGCGAGAGAGAAAGAGAGAGAGAGAGAGAAAGAAGAGGAAGAAGUGGAAUCGAAUCACUUUGCUCACAACAAAGGUGAAAUUUGAAGGGAAUUCUGUUUUUUUUUUCGUCACCCUCUCAGCUGCACUGCUUUUUUUCCUUUUUUUUUCUCUCUCUCUGGCUCAUAACCCUCUACUUUGCCCUGCUGAGCCCGUGUCUCUCUCCUCUACCCCAACCCUACUCCGUACACCUUGUGGUUUUUUUUUUUCUUUUUCUUUUUAUGUCCUAUUGAAUGUCUUCUCUGCAUGAUCUGGCACUGCUCAGCAGUUGAACAACACUCAUGGUCGAUGCCAAGGGACGGAACAUGAAAUGUCUGACCUUCUUGUUGAUGCUUCCAGAGUCGGUGAAGAACCGCUCAAGCAAAAACUCCAAAAAGGGAAGCCCGAGCAGCUCGUCUAAACUCCCCCCUGUGUGUUAUGAGAUCAUCACCCUGAAGACCAAAAAGAAGAAGAAGAUGUCGGCCGAGAUCUUCCCCACCAAGAAGCCGGCGACGGCCACUACCACCACCACUGUCCAGCAAUACCAGCAGCAGAACCUAAACAAUAACAACACUAUCCAGAACUGCAACUGGCAAGGACUCUACUCCACCAUCCGCGAGAGAAAUGCGGUGAUGUUCAACAACGAGCUGAUGGCCGACGUUCACUUUCUGGUGGGUCCAUCUGGAGGCCAGCAACGACUGCCCGGGCACAGGUAUGUUCUAGCAGUGGGGAGCUCUGUUUUCCAUGCCAUGUUUUAUGGGGAGCUGGCAGAGAAUAAGGAUGAGAUCAGGAUUCCUGACGUGGAGCCUGCCGCCUUUCUGGCCAUGCUGAAGUACAUCUACUGCGAUGAGAUCGACCUGAGUGCCGACACCGUGCUGGCAACCCUGUACGCCGCCAAGAAGUACAUCGUGCCACACCUGGCGCGCGCCUGCGUCAACUUCCUGGAGACGUCGCUGAGUGCCAAGAAUGCGUGCGUGCUGCUGUCGCAGAGCUGCCUGUUCGAGGAGCCCGACCUGACGCAGCGCUGCUGGGAGGUGAUUGACGCGCAGGCCGAGCUGGCGCUCAAGUCCGAGGGAUUCUGCGACAUCGACGUGGUCACGCUGGAGAGCAUCCUGCGCCGUGAGACGCUCAACGCCAAGGAGAUUGUGGUGUUCGAGGCGGCGCUCAGCUGGGCGGAGGCGGAGUGUCAGAGGCAGGAGCUGACCGUGUCCAUCGACAACAAGCGCAAAGUGCUGGGCAAAGUGGUCUUCCUGAUCCGCGUGCCCACCAUGGGCCUGGACGACUUCGCCAACAGCGCGGCGCAGUCGGGCGUGCUGACGCUCAACGAGACCAACGACAUCUUUCUGUGGUACACGGCGGCCAAGAAGCCCGAGCUGCAGUUCGCCUGCAAGCCGCGCAAGGGCCUGUCGCCGCAGCGUUGCCACCGCUUCCAGUCUUGCGCCUACCGCAGCAACCAGUGGCGCUACCGCGGCCGCUGCGACAGCAUCCAGUUCGCCGUGGACAAGCGCGUCUUCAUCGCCGGCUUCGGCCUGUAUGGCUCCAGCUGCGGCUCGGCCGAGUACAGCGCCAAGAUCGAGCUAAAGCGCCAGGGCGUGCUGCUGGGUCAGAACCUCAGCAAGUACUUCUCAGACGGCUCCAGCAACACGUUCCCCGUGUGGUUCGAGUACCCAGUGCAGAUUGAGCCGGACACGUUCUACACGGCUAGCGUGGUGCUGGACGGGAACGAGUUGAGCUAUUUCGGACAGGAGGGCAUGACAGAGGUCCAGUGUGGGAAGGUGACAUUCCAGUUCCAGUGCUCCUCGGACAGUACCAAUGGGACAGGCGUGCAGGGGGGGCAGAUCCCGGAGCUCAUCUUCUACGCCUGAAAAACACACCCAGCAGAGGACUGAGACAGGCGAUGGACUUUCACACUGGGGCAGUUCUCUUAAAAAUGACAGUUUCUUUCUGGUUUUCUUCAUGAAUCGUCACUGAAUCUUUUUUUUUUUUGUCUGUUUCUGAAACCACUGACUUUUAAGGCACUGUUACAUGGAUUUUCUGGUGUAAAGUGAUUUUUUUGUUGUUGUUUAUGUCCCCGGUACCUGACAUUGGAUUUACUCACCCACUGAGGAAAACACUUAUCAUCUCUCCACAGAGUUUAAAGAUUUUGUUGUCAGACCAUUACAAACUUUUGUGUUUACAAAGACAAAAUGAGUCUUAUUCUUUGAAAAAGAUUAUUUACCUCUAAAGAUGAAAACUAGCAUUAGAAAUCAAGAGUUGCCAAAACAAAAAACAAAAACACUGGAUAACAUUUCACAAUUGUAUAAAUAUGUUUAAAUAUGUUGAUAAUGUAACAUAUAAAUAUAUAUACAUCAUGCAACAUGGCGGCUAUAUUCUUUCGGUUUCUAAAUAACUAUGCCGUGUUAUCUAAUGCUUGCACAGGAUGCACAUGUAUAUAACAGCAAUACUAAUUAAAUGAUGCAAAUCCAUGGUAGUGAUCGAAAUUCAAUCAUCAAUCCCAUCAACGCCUCUGUAAGAGAACAAACGAUACCCAGCACCAAAGCAACGCCUUCAAAUACAAAAUGACAAUUAGCACCUGCACUAGUUUGGGAGCUCUGCCUAUGCAUUGCUUUGCUGUAUCAAGUUAGUGAGACUGAGCCUACCUAUCCAAGCAGGAUGAAAUGAUUCUCUUGUUUGAUUUACCUGCUGUCAUACUCAAUAACUGAGAUUUACAUUCUUGGCCGUUGUUAAUUUCACAGUGGUUUUUAUCUGAAAGCAUUAGGCUUUUAAUGUACAAUAAGCACCUUUGGUAUGAAAUACCAGUAGUCAGAAAACGCACUCGCUUUUUUCACGCCGAAACUGCUUAAAGUUUUGUAAGAUGUGUGACAUUUCUCUUGUUGUUGUACGUGAAGAUAACUCAUGCCACCUUUAGAAGGUACACCAGGGCAAUUAAAUUAAAGAUGCCCUCUGAUAUGAUAGAAAUCACUUCGGCUGAAAAUUCGACUGUACAUGAAGUAUUUGCAAUUUAAUUUAGUGAUUAUGAAAACACUAUACAACAGGCCAUGAGUCGUGUAGGCACCAUGUCACAGUAAGAACACAUCUCAUUGGACGAUAACUGAGGACACAAACGUUUUUGAAUUGCAGGAGGACAGUAUAUUGUGACUACUUACAAACACUGUAUGUUGUUUUUUAGAUUUGUUUUCAAAGCAAUGAAUGGUUCAAACCUAAAAUCGUUUCUAAGAUGUCAGAAUUCAAUCCCGGGGUAAUUUGUUAUUGAGUAUUGAUGGACCAAAAUUGUGAGCACUUUUUGAAUGAGUUGCAAUCGCAGGUUUACAGUGUACUGAGUCAGCGGUCUUAAGAUUAGAUUGCACAGUGUGUGAAAUUAUCCUGUAAAAUUAUUAUUACAUACUCUGUCACAGAGUGGUCGUGUUCAGCAUAUCGGUUUGUACAGAGGUAACAUUUGCCAGCUGUAAAAAAAAAAGACGCAACGUUGGAGUUAUUUUAUUUUUAUGAUGUAAUAGAGUAGAGUUUUCUUUGGUUUCUGCGACCGAUUUAUGUUCUGUUUGUUGUACACUAGCUUGAGAUGGAGGAAGAAAGGUCAUGUUCGGCUUGUAGAACAGCACCUCUCUGAAUGUUUCUAUUCUGUGUUUAUGUGCUCAGUGCGGAGAGACCUAUGAAUGUGUAUGUUGGUUGAAAAUUCAAAUAAACCAAUUUACUGGUUCUAUGAA